CUGGAAGAAUCAAGAUUCCCAUGCCAAGUCUUAUUGGGUGAGCUCACUUCAGGGAAAAGACCACAGGGUUGCCCUCUUCAAAGAUACAAGGUCCAACUUAAAACAACACUGAAAGCCCAAAUCGUUCGAGGCACAAGCCCGAGACCGUACCAACCAGAAAAGAAAAGGAAGAAAUCAAACGACAGGAGAGAAAGGCUCGGCAAAAUCAACCUCGUCCUCUACCAACAUGCAGUCAGUGUCAUCGACUCGUCUAUGAAAGAAUUGAUCUACAUAAUCAACGCCAUUACCAUAAAAGAAGCGAUCAGCAAAGAAAAAAUUAAAUUUUCGGAUACUAGAUAAAACCGACGACGACGAUAAUUUCAAUUAACGAUGAUCAACUGAUACAAGAUAUAAAAAUUUACAACCAUCGCAUCACUAAUCUGUACCAGCUGUGGAUACAUCCCCAGUUGUCGUUCCUUAUGAGAUCGCUUUACCGUCUCAGUGACUCGAAACCGCAGAGGCAUUGUUCAAAUUUUUACUGUUGUAAGCAAUAUUGCUUUCUUUCAGGUUGUCUUUAACUCAAUUGCAGAACAAUUUAAAGUCUUAGACAUUGCACUACUUUGGAUAAUGCUAUCAUCCUUUGAGCAAUAACAAGUCUUGUAUGUAUCACUAUGUCGAGUGUUGUAUAAAAUGCAAAAUCAAGUAACAGUGCAGCCCUAUGCAUGUAACGUUUGUGAGAAAUCCUUUCUACAAAAAGGAGAUUUGGUAAAUCACAUGAGGAUCCACACAGGAGAGAAACCAUAUAAUUGUGAAAUAUGUGAUAAAAGCUUCAACAACAACUCUAAUUACAAGAGGCACAUGAGGGUCCACACCAAUGAGAAACCUUAUAGCUGUGAAAUAUGUGGAGAAAACUUUGGUUACAACAGUACUUUAGUAAAUCAUAUGGCAAUACACACCGGUGAGAAACCUUUCCAAUGCAUGACUUGUGAUAAACUAUUUUCCAGAAGUUAUUGUUUAAAAGAACAUAUUAAAAUUCACACUGGUGAAGUGACACCUCACCAUGAAAAUGAUAAAAAACGCAAAAAGUCUACAGAUAGAGAAAAACCAUUAAAAUGUCAGGUCUGUAAAAAGGGUUUCUUUUAUAUGAGUGAAUUAAACAGUCAUCUUCGGAUCCACACUGGGGAGAGACCAUAUCAAUGUGACAUUUGUAACAAAGGGUUUUCUCGUAAAAGUGAUUUAACCAACCACUUAAAAACGCACACAGGAGAAAAACCAUACUCCUGUGAUAUCUGUGAGAGGAACUUCGGUGAACGGUCAACAUUGAGUCGACACAGAAGAAUUCACACUGGAGAGAAACCAUUUCAGUGUGUUGUUUGUGGAAAAGGGUUUGUGUCAAGUGAUUCUCUGACUGGACAUCUCAGAGUUCACACAGGUGAAAAACCUUUCAGUUGUGAAAUAUGUGGUCAGAAUUUUGCAGAUAGAUCUACUUUGAAAAGACAUGGCCUGCGACACACGGGGGAAAGACCAUUCCACUGUGAAAUUUGUGGAAACAACUUCUCCAGGAAGUCAACAUUGAACACACAUCUUCGGACACACAAUAAUGCCCCCUUAUGAUAAUUCACAUAUGAAGGGCAUCCAGCCUUAAAAACCAUAUCAAAAUAAACAGAGGAGCCCGAUGCAGUCCCUGGACCUGUCUGAUCCUAUCAAACCAGCCAACCCAUUCCAGCAUGGAACAUGGAUAAUAAAUGAUGAUGAUGACAUGAUAUUCUCCAAACAUGAUACAGUCUCUUGCCUUGCCAUGAAAUAGAGAAAUUCAAAAAAUUUUAUAAGUAUUUUUUAUUUUCUGCUAUUUUAAAUUAUUUUAAAUUGAAUAAUUUAUUUUUUUAAAUGUUUGAAUCAGUAUUUUUUUUACUAGUUAAACAAAAAUAAAAAAUUUUAAUCUCUUAUAAAA